AUGGUUUAGUCAUACAUUUUUUCAUGGAAAAAUGUGUUUGCUGAGUAUCAAACGUGGAAAUUUGGCUGCGUACUUUUCUAGCACUUUUUAUCAGUGAUUCAGAAGCGUGUGGUGAUUCAGAAUGUGGGAAAACACAUAUGUUUUGAAAUUUGGCUGCGUACGUUAGAUACGCAGCCAAAACCAUAUUUUGAGCAUGAGAUAUUCAGUCAAGGGUAUUAUGAAAAUUAGCUGCGUACGUUAGAUACUCAGCCUAUGAUUUGAAGAUACGCAGCCAAAACAAUAUUUGAUCUACCAGAAAGUUAAUGGAACAUUAGAUACUCAGUUAAGGUUUUUUACGCAGUCAAAUUUAUUUCCUGUUGAUCAUUUGAUACUCAGCCAAGAGCCGCCUUCAAAGUACGCAGCCAAAAAUUCCAGUGAUAUCAUCAUAUGUUUUUCCAUUACAUCAAAAAAAUUUCACUUUCAAAAAAAAUUCGCCAUUUUCGGGUUCCCGGAAGCCGCGAGCCAAUUGGUUGGCUCCGCCCAUUUUUCCGUAUUUUUGGGAGAAUUUUUCGCUUUUUCUGCUUUUUUUUGUAUGAGCCAGAAAUUGUUGAUAACAGACUGUGUAAAUAUUCCAAAAUAAUAUAAUGUUUCUUUUUUUUUUGUCUGUUCUUGGUUGGUGUGUAGUUCUUUUGGAGAAUAUGUUUUUUUGAAAAAUUGAAUUUUUCAAAUUGGUUGGGUUUUUUGUGUAGUUCUUUUGGAGGAAAAUUUGAAUUUUUUUAAUUUCUCGCCAAAUUGAGUUGUGUACUUCUCUCGGAGAAAUUUUGAAUUUUUUCAAAUUUCCCCCAAAUUUGGUUGUGUACUUCUCUCGGGCGAAUAUUUGAAUUUUUCAAAUUUCCCGCCAAAAAUAGGCUGUGUAGUUCUUUCGGUUUAAAAUUUGAAUUUUUUGAAUUUCCCGCUUGCAAAAUUCGUGUACUUCUCUCGAACAAAAAUAUUUUUUUUUAAAUUUGAGUUCCCAGAGGGGUUUUUUGUGUAGUUCUCUCGGAGGACACUCAUAAUCAAAUGUUGAAUUUUUUGAAUUUCCCGCUUUCAAAAUUUCGUGUACUUCUCUCGGACAACCCAAAAACUGUCCACGAAAAAGAGAGUAGUACAAAAUAAUAAGAAAUUUUUCUCGGAAAAACUCGUGGCUUUUUUCCAGAGCGAAUUUUCGGUGAUAACAGAAUUUUCUGCGUAGCGAAGCUGAUAAAAACUCGCCGAAAAAUUUCACUUUUCUCGAUUUUUUCUGGCGUAAACACAUAGAUUAUUACAAAUUUUUGGUCUUGUGACGAUAAAAACUCGAGUUUUCAUUUUCCAGGAAACGAAAAUUUAAAUUUCUCUAAUUUCCCGCCAAAAAUGUGUAAUUCUUUUGAAGGACUUUUUUUUUAAACAUGGAAAAAAGUUUUCGUCGAAAAAUCUCAUUUUCCAAAAAAAAUAUUUGAAAUUUUUAUGCGUUCCGGAAAAGUCUCAUUUUGAGAAAAAGCUAAUAAUUUUUAACUUGUAAGAAAAGUUAUUUUUGUUAGGAAUUGCCUGCGUACUUAGAGCAUUUGAUACUCAGUUAACGUUUACUGAAUUUGGCUGCGUAUCUUGAUUAGAUACUCAGUCAAGCUCUGAAAAUACGCAGUCAAAUUUUAUUUCACCACUUUCAUAAGCUUACACAAAAUCCCCCCCAAAAAAAAAUUUGUUUCGAAAAAAUUGCACGCAAAAUUCCCAGAAACUCUGUCUUGGAUAAUCGGCUUUCGGACACAGCCCCGCUUCGAAAAUCCGCGAAUUUGUGCCCUUUUUUCAGAGUUUUUUUCGAGAUUAAAAACUAAACUAGUCUUCUUCUUCUCCUAUUUUUUUCUUUUUCCAGUUUUUCAGUUAAAAAAAAUUGUUUUUAGAUGGAAUUUCAGCCGCAACAAAGUUUGCAGGAUGUUUUGAAUCAUAUUGGUGCACUUGGUGUCACACCACCAAUUGUCACUUCACAACCGAUUCCGGUGCCAGAAGUUCAGAAUUCAGGUGAGAAUUUGAGAGCUUCAAAUCGAGUUUUUUGAAAUUCUCAUGAAAUUUCGAGUUUUUAGAUACCCAAUUUUGAAAAUUUCGAACUUUUCUAACCGAACUUGAUGUAACUUGGGAAUUCCAGAAGUUUUCAAGAGCUUAGACCAAGUUUUUUGAAUUUCCUAUAAAAUUUCGAGUUUUUAGACACCCAUAUUCAUAAAGUUUCCAAGAUUUUCCAAAAAUUUGGAUUUUUGGAGCAAAAAAUGAUUAUGGAUGUCUAUCGAACCGGAAUUCGGUGAAAAAUCCAAAUUUUCAGCUCCCAACUUCGCAAAUUUCCUUCAAAUCCCAGCUCCAAUGAUCUUCAACCCAUUUCUAAACAUGAACAACAUGCUGAACCAAGAAAUCAUCAAACAAUUCCUGCAAAUGAAUGCCUGUUCCUCUUCUCCUACUACAGUACUCCCUCAACAAGAACCUUCUGCACAGUACUCAAGUACCGGAAAGAUUCGGCGAGAUACCGUAUCUUCUACCGUAUCCGAUGAGGGUCUACAGUAUGACGCAAAUGGUGACAUCAUAGUUCCCUCAAAUGAUAAAGAGGGUUGGUGUCGCAACAAAAAAUAUAUUGAAAAAACAGAAAAUGGUUUUAUGUGUACUGUAUGUCGUAAGGUAUACGGUAGAUAUAAUUCGGUGUCUUAUCACGUCACGAUCUACCACCGUAACCCGCCGAUACGGUGCAAUUUGCAAAAUUGUCAAUUUACGACUCGUGAGGCAAGAUAUAUUCAUUUUCAUAAAUAUUAUCGACAUGGUGUACCGUUGCCACAAAGUAUUGAUCAAGGUGGGUCUUGAGGGGAAAAUUCGGGUACUGUAGUUUUGAUCUACACAAAAUUUGGAACAUUUUCAUAUCUCAUAAGGCUAGGGUUACUGUAGUUCUGACUACCAAACGAAAAAUUUGGAAAUUUUUUGAAGAAGUCUAAUUUUGAUCCUAAUUUUCAGGUUACUGUACAUGGCUUUCCUUGGGUUACUGUAGCUCAAAAAUAAGCAUGGGGUACUGUAGUUUUGAUUUACCAGAAAAAAUGUGGAAGUUUUUUGAGGAAGUCUAAUUUUUGCCCUAAUUUUCAGAUUACUGUAUGUACAUCGCUUUUCCCGGGUUACUGUAGUUUUGAUCUACACAAAAUUUGGAAUAUUUUCAUAGGGUUUCUGUAGAUCUGAUCUACCAAACAACAAUUUAAAAAUUUUUGAGGAAGUCUAAUUUUUGCCCUAACUUUUAGUGCAACUUUUUGGGUUACUGUAGCGCCUACAGUACUCCCUAUUUAAAGCAAAAUUGAAUUUCAAAGUACACCCAAAAAAUUUCCAAGAAAAUCGAAAGCUGACGAAAUUUUUGCAGAUAAGAAAAUAUUCUGAUAAAAAAAUUUCCGAGAAAUAAAAUUUUUCAAAACAAAAUUUGCAGGCUCUCGAAAAUGCCCACACUGUCGCCACGUGUCAAAAUCGCCAGCAAUGUUGGAGAAACACAUUCGAAGACAUCAAUUGAAGUGAGUACCCCUACAGUAGUCCUACAGUACCCCCAGUACAGUAAUGUUUCCAGAGAUGACGACUUGUCCAACAACUCGAUGCGAAAUCGUACUGUAACCAUUUCCGAGGAGCCGAUGGAGGAAGAAUUGGAGGAGGAGAUGGAGAUUCCAGUCGAGACCAAACCCAGAUCUUGCACCAUGUGA